GGGGAAGGGGGUGAUGAGAAGGUUGGAGAGGAUGGGGUUGUAUGUGUAGUGGGGGGUUAAGGAGAGGAGGAAUGAGCAGGGGGAUUUGAGGAUGUGGAUGGUUUGUUAAGUGGAUGAGAGUAUUGGAGAGUUUGGGUAGUUGUUUGUUUGAGUUUUAGUUUAGUGAGGAUUGGGAUGGUAGAGCAUUAUUUUAGAAAGAUUCUUGACAAUAUUGUAACAUUGGAUACCAAAGUUGUUCAUUGAUGUACAAAGGAAUUUCUCCAGAAGAGUUCAUUAAAAGACAAAGAACUAAGAAGAGAAAUUCAAAAUUUGCCAAGGAUUUUUUCACUGAAUAUGAUUUUAGUGAGAGCAUGCUCCAGGCCAUUGAACAAGGGACUGCUAACUACUUAAAGCUGACCAGAAGAAUACAGAAAAUAGCUGAGGAGCUGGUCCCCUUAAGAAACAAGCUGUUAAAUACUUUGAAAAGCGUUCAUGAUGAGAUAGUGAGCAAAGACUGGCCUCUUAAAUUCGCCAAGAAAGACUUAGCUAAUAUGGGAGAACUCAUUGAAAGACUAAAGCAGUCAGAGUUCUUGUCUGCUCACAAAGCAUGGGAAUCCCACUAAAAAUUCAUAAGAAAGAACUCUACGAAGGAGGAGAACUUAGUGAUGAAAGCCCUGAAGAAAAUAAAGAAUA